AACUGUCUUCCGCUUUCUGCAAUGAAUCGAGCCGAAAAGAAAGAAUGAUAACGAAAAUAACGAAACAUUUGUUUUAUUCUCUGAUUCUUCUUUCGGAUUGGUUGGAUCUCUCUCUCUCUCUCUCUGAAUCUCAAUCACAUGCUCAAUUUUUCUCUUGAUGCUUUAAAUAUAAACUACUGAUGGCGGCGGCAGAAGUGAGGACUCUGUGGCAGAGAACUGCAAAUCGAUGCUUUGUGCAGGAAGAUGCAAAAAGAGCUCCCAAGUUGGCUUGUCGCCAAUCUUCAAAUGCUACAUCAAAACAGGUUGAUGCUGGACCUGCCAAUACAGCAGAUGAAUCGGAUUGUACUGCUGUUAAUGCCACUCAUUUUAACAGCAAAUCUUCCUUUUGUCAUCCAUCAUCUGACCCUAGGUGGUGGUUGCACUCACAACCUAAUUAUGGAUAUCAAAAAGGUGUAACAAAUGAAAAGUUAAGUGCAUUGGAGGAAGAGGUAGAAACUUUGAUAGCUGGUGAUGAAAUUAAGGCAUCUAGUAAGAAUUCUCUAGCAUUUCCUGAACUAAUGGAUGUGAUGGCAAAACAUGAGACAAUGGAGAUUGAUUCUAUUGCCUGCUCGGUAACCUCCAAGCAAACAAAUGAUUUUUCCUCAGAACCAGACUAUUCUUGGAUUGAAAGUGAUAAGGCCGAACCAUGGUGGCGGAUGACAGACAAAGAUGAGUUAGCUUCCUUUGUUUCACACAAAUCACUCAACCAUAUUGAGAAUUGUGAUCUUCCUCCUCCAAAGAAGAAGCAUCUUUCUGGAUACCCUUCUAGUAUUAUUAAUAACCACUCAACUAAAUCCAGAAGUUUUCCCAGUUCGACGGCUCAUACACAGGGAAAUUUAGAUUCAGGACUGGUACAUAGGAAGCAGGGGAUUGCUGCCAAUGAAGGGCUCUUGUAUUUUGCUUCUGACAAAUCUUCAAGUUUGGACUUGCAACUUGGUUGCACUCAAAUGCUUGAGGAUGUCAAGCAGAGUCAACAGAUUUCUGAGGGAGACACCAGCAAAGCUCAAUUAUUGGAGGCAUUAUGUCACUCUCAAACACGCGCAAGGGAAGCAGAGGAAGCAGCAAAACAAGCUUAUGCAGAGAGAGAGCACAUUCUUACACUUAUUUUUAAACAGGCUUCACAACUUUUUGCUUAUAAGCAAUUGAUUAAACUGUUGCAGCUGGAAACUCUCUGCAAUCAGAUUAAGAAUAAUGAUCUGUCAACCUCGACUCUAUUUCCAGUGGAUCUUCCAUGGAUGUCGUAUGAACGUAGAAAAUCACGGAAGAGAAAGCAGACAUAUUCCAAUGGCAGGCGUGAAAGAGAAGGCAAGUCAAAUUGUGAUAUUACAACAUAUGCUGUUGCCAUUGCUUUAGGAUUAAGUCUUGUUGGAGCAGGCUUGCUAUUAGGAUGGACUGUGGGUUGGAUGUCGCCUUGUUCGUAGUUCUGUAAUAUAUUUGAAGCAUUGUUUUGCUUGUCAUAAGUUUUCAGAUCUGUCUGUAUUUUUGUAGAGUAGUUAGUACAUAAACUGUAUAUUCUGCUUUGUAAUUUUGUAUUGAAUAAAGAUUAUGUAAAUCUUUUUGUGAUGUUGAUGUUGAGAAACAGGUAUUUCUCUUAAAGUA